AUCAAAACGAGUCCAAAGUUCACAUAGGCGUACUAAGAAGUGUGCAUCGUGAAUGAUAUUUUCGUAGAGACGGAGCAUGUUGGUUUCCCAGUGUGAGUUUGGUGUGUUCGGCGAAGGAAUCAGCUACGUAGUUACAGUAUGACCUCCUCUCUCGUAAGUCCUUAACGUCGUACUACUGUUUCUCAAUUUGUUGAGAUGGGAAUUGUUGGCUUUGAAAUUAAUGCGAAUUCUGCUUCUGCUUCUGCUUUGCAUUAUUAUGGUGCUAAUUCGUUCUCUUCCCACACGGUUCCUUUUUCUCUGAGACCCUUUUUCGGGAAUGCUCUGAACGUGAACACGAGGGUUGCAGGGAAGAUUCGGGCCUCUCAUGCUAGAAAGCCCAAAUUCGGAGCAGUUAUUGUUGCUUCACUGAGUGGUGGCUCUAAUAAUGCUGGGUUGAUUAGUGACGCUGUUCUUCCCAAAGACUCAGAAUUUAAGCCAUCCUUCGACGAAUAUUUGAAGGCCAUGUCUGUCAGAACUGUAAGGGUCAAGAAGCGUGCUGCCACUACUCAAAAACACAAGAAGACGGAAAACGGUGAUAAUAAUAAAAUUGAUAGAGAAGAUGAAGUUGGUGUGUACAAAGAAGGUUGCUCCACCAGAAGUAAUAAUAAUGGUAAGGUCAGAAGAACAGCAACUAAAGGAUUCACAAGUGAAAAUGAUGGCAACCUUGAUGAUGUAAAGGCAAAGCAGAAGAAAAGUGGAGCAAAUGUAAGACAAAAUGGGCCGUUGAAACGCCGAAGUCGGAGUUUAGAGCCAGAAUCAUAUGAUGGCAGUGAGAUUGGCAAAAGUGGAAGUGGAAGGAUGAGCAAGAGCAUAGUUAGGUCUAGUUUGAAUGGUAGCCAUGGGAGUGUCAGAGAGAGAGGAGUGACUCAUGAUUUGUAUUCUUCAAAGAUGUUGGGAGAAAAGAUUGUUAGUAACAGACAAAGGGAUUACAAUACACAGGGUAAACCCCCCCCUGGUGGAAAUAAAAUUGUUGCUAGGCAACAACAAGUUCAGGAUAGAGGGCUUGAUAGAAAAAGACAUACUGAAAAUGGAAGUUUGGCUUAUAGAAAUGGAAGCCGUAAGCGUUUCAUUGAUAGGGGUUAUGAUUCUGACAAUUUGGAGGUCGAACGAGCAGCAUUUGAGAAUCUUGAGGACCCAAACAAUGUUAUCAGAAAGUCACAGUUUUCACAUAAGGAAAUGGAGGAGAAAAUCCAAAAGCUAGCCAAUUCGUUAAAUGGUGCAGAUAUCAAUUUACCUGAAUGGAUGUUUUCUAAGAUGAUCAGAAGUGCAAGGCUUAAAUUUAAUGACUAUGCCAUAACAAGGAUUAUCAUAAUCUUGGGAAAACUAGGAAACUGGCGGCGAGUGAUACAAGUGAUUGAAUGGCUUCAAAAGCGUGAACGUUUCAAGUCCCAUAAACUAAGGCAUAUAUAUACCGCUGCUCUUGAUGCACUUGGAAAGUCGAGGAGACCUGUAGAGGCACUAAAUAUAUUUCAUGCAAUGCAGCAACAAAUGUCCUCAUAUCCUGAUUUAGUAGCUUAUCAUAGUAUUGCUGUGACUCUUGGGCAAGCAGGGCACAUGAAGGAACUUUUUGAUGUGAUUGAUAUUAUGCGAUCACCACCCAAGAAGAAGUUCAAAACAGGGAUAUUUGAGAACUGGGACCCAAGGCUGGAACCGGAUAUUGUAGUCUAUCAUGCUGUCCUUAAUGCUUGUGUUAGGCGGAAACAAUGGGAAGGAGCCUUUUGGGUUUUGCAGCAGUUAAAGAAGCAAGGACAGCCGCCUUCUGCCACAACUUACGGCCUAGUUAUGGAGGUGAUGCUUUCAUGUGGCAAGUAUAACUUGGUUCAUGAAUUUUUCAGAAAACUUCAGAAGUCUUUCAGUCCCAAUUCAUUGACAUAUAGAGUUCUUGUAAAUACACUUUGGCAAGAGGGAAAACCUGAUGAGGCUAUACUGGCUGUCCAAGAAAUGGAAAGACGUGGAAUUGUAGGUUCUGCUUCUCUUUAUUAUGAUCUAGCUCGAUGCCUCAGUGCAGCAGGAAGAAGUCAUGAGGCACUAAAGCAGAUAGACAAGAUAUGUAAAGUUGCAAAUAAACCACUGGUAGUGACCUACACUGGCUUGAUGCAAGCAAGUCUAGACGCUGGAAACAUUCAAGAUGGGGCUUAUAUUUUUGAGAAAAUGAAGGAAAUUUGUGCUCCAAAUCUGGUUACUUGUAACAUAAUUCUGAAAGCUUACUUGGAACAUGGCAUGUUUCAAGAAGCUAAAGUGUUGUUUGAGCAGAUGUCAGAAAAUGCAAAUCGUCUGAGGGGAAAUACUGAUUACAAAAUGCUGGUGGUACCAGAUACAUACUCAUUCAACACCAUGCUAGAUGCAUGUGUUGCAGAGAAGAGAUGGGAUUAUUUUGAUCAUGUGUAUCAAAGGAUGCUGUACCAUGGUUAUCACUUCAAUCCAAAACGUCAUCUUCGAAUGAUAUUGGAGGCUUCAAAAGCUGGAAAGGAACGGCCUUUGGAGAUAACAUGGAAGCACUUAACCGAUACAGAUCGUAUUCCACCUGCUCCUCUGAUCAAGGAGAGGUUCUGUGCAAAGCUUGAGAAAGAUGACUAUGUUGCUGCUCUCACAUGUAUCAUCAACAAUCCCCCUAAAGACUUGCAGCCAUUUUCCAAAUCGUCUUGGUUGAAACUAUUCAAAGAAAAUUCUCAGCGAUUUCAGAAGGAUACGAUUGUUGGACUAAUGAACGAGGCCAGCAAUAUAGUUUCCAAUAAUAGUUUUCCAAAUCCAACACUUGAGUAUUUAAUUCAAUCAUGCAAAGAAUUUCUUUUUGCUACUGUCCUCAGUACAGCUGACAUGGAUUCAGUAAAAAUGUAGUGGUGGUAGAGUAAGCUGGUAGUAGCCAAAUCUGUAUCCAAAUCUUUGUAAUAUAUUCUCAAUCAGAAUCAAAUGGAAGCCUUAUAUUAUAAAGGGGUUCUACUUCCAUGCAAGUUCCACAGGAAACAGUCCCAAAUAGAUUUUUUUUAUCCUUAGGAAAUGCACACAGUAUCAUCAGAGAAUUUAUAACAUUCACAUA